UUAAAUAGUCCCAUUUUAGAAAAUGGUGCAGUUAUAUUCAUUACGCACAUCCUUGCACUUAUAAAAGAAUUAAAAUUGUAAAAAUAGAAGUCCUGUUCAAUAUUUUCAACAUCUCAGUAUCGUGUAUAAAUAUUGAAAACCCUGAAACAUACAUGUAUGUAUAAUACAUUGUCUGGGAUCUGCAUUAACGAUAUAAUAUCGCGAUUUGCAUAAACCGUACAACAUUGAAGUUUAAAAAAUAUUAUUCAAUUGUUAUCGAACAGAUUAAGAAAAGAAAGAUAAUAUCAAUAAGAAGAACUUUUGCGAAGUUGCAAGUUUUUAGCUAACAAUUUCCGGAGAUAGUGCAAAGCGAUGAAACCAAAGUGCAUCGUUCGGAUACUUUCGGAAACGACACUCGUGGACUCGUGCGUUUCCGUUUCGCGCAUGAUCACAGUACAGAGGGAGUAGCAUAACCCGAUUAACCAAAGCCGCGGAUCGUUUCAUUUCGAGUCAGACGUCUGCUCUCUCAAGUGGCAGUUUGCUGUCUUUCUGCGUCCAAGAUAUAUCAUCGCUUCAUUCCCAUGUCUUCGACAUAUCUAUCUCCGCGGUACAUCGUAAUGUACGGUGAAGUGUUUAUGUAGUAUUCGUUGCAACCGUAGACACCAUUCACGAGCCAGACGAACAUCUAUCCAUCCAUCCAUCCAUCGACAUCGACCUGAAACAACCUCGUGGACUUGGUCAGUGAAAAAGAGCUCUAAUAAACGUUCAUUCAACAUGGAGCAGAAACGCCUGUACAAAGUGGUACUCACUGGAGGACCUUGCGGCGGCAAAACGACUGGACAGACGCGGCUGUGUACGUUCUUUGAGAAUAUGGGUUGGAAGUUUAGUGGUGCAAUACGAUUCCUCGAAGGUCGAGCUGCACCCAAUAACGACCAGGCAUUAAUUAACAAGUCAUCCAGUUCUGACAGGAUACGGUGGGUUUGGAUCAACUCUACAGGUCGAAUCAAUUUACUUGAUCAACAAAAGCCAAAGGGAUCCGUGUCGCGACCUUCGAUUACGAAGUCGUCACAGAGACGUUACAGGAACAGGUCCGACAAAGGGGAAGCGAGGUGGCCAGAAAUCUUGGAGGUUGACUCCAGCGAGGCAUUCAAAUUUCAAGAGAACCUUCUUCGCACGAUGAUACAAAUAGAGAAUACGUUUUUCCAAUUGGGUGAGAGCUGCUCGCGAAAUUGCCUUAUAAUCUGUGAUCGUGGCGCUAUGGAUGCCUCUGCAUUUAUUUCAAAGGACAAAUGGGAACUGAUGAUGGCAUCGAACGGUUGGAACAACGUUGAGCUGCGAGACAACAGAUAUAACCAGAUCAUCCACAUGGUGUCGGCAGCCAACGGUGCCGAGGAAUUUUAUUCGACCGAAGAGCACGCGUGCCGAUCAGAAGGUGUAGAGUUGGCCAGAGAGCUCGAUUACAAAGCAGCCGCAGCCUGGGUCGGUCAUCCUUACUUCGACGUAAUCGACAACUCACAGGACUUCGAGUCGAAAAUUUGCCGUAUGAUCGAAUGCGUGUGCCAGAAACUGGGCAUCGACAUCGGAGACAGAUUACGAUCCAGCAGCCGAAAAGUCAAGUUCCUUGUCAAAGGUCCUCUACCUUCGGACAGCGAGUUUCCACCGUUUCAAGACUUCGAUGUCGUCCAUAACUACCUCCAAAGUAACAAUCCGAAGAUGCAAGCUCGUCUCCGCAAACGCGGUCAAAAAGGUCAUUGGUCCUAUAUCCACACGAUUCGGCGUCCGAAGAUGUGCGGGCAAGUGAUCGAAGUUAAGACCCAGUUAACCCAUCGUGAUUAUUUGAACAUGCUUGCUCAACGCGACGACUCGCAUUUCACGAUCUUCAAACGUCGACGUUGUUUCCUUAUCAACAAUCAGUAUUUUCAGUUAGACAUAUACAGAGAACCAGCUCAUCCAAGGUGCCGUGGAUUGAUGUUGCUUGAAACGUACACAGCAUUAACCGGAGACGAGCUCAAGAAUAUACUACCACAGUUCCUGACAAUCGAGAAAGAAGUCACUGGCAAUCCGGACUACAGCAUGUUCAAUCUGAGUCUACGAGAAGAAUGGAACAAUACCAAUAAAUACUGCCAUAAUUUACACGAUUACGCUCUUGCAGGCUUGACGGAAUCUGGAUCUGCAGAAAAUAAAAAUAUUAAUACUUCAGAAGCGAGAGGUACAUCGGCUAAAAAACAUGUAAACGGGGCAAGUAACGGGGUUGAGUCUAGAAUUAAUGGUGUAAACGUAACUGUAAAUGGUGUAGAUAAAGUUGUGAAUGGCAUACAAAAUGGUGUCCACGGUGUUGCGAAUGGUAACGCGAAAUUCGUUGAGAGAAACAGCAUCAAAAGCAAUAGCCAAGUACGCGAGAAUCCUACGAAAACGUUGAACGAUAGUUCAUAAGAAAAUAAGCGGCAAAAGAAUGUAAGAAAAAUACGGAGAAAGAUUUUGAAACGAUGUAAAAACACGAUGAUGAAAGUUCAGCAAUGAUAAGAGACAAAUUAAUUGAAGCAAUUCCAAACACUACAAGAUGAAGUAUUCUAUUGGCACUGACAACUCGAUCUGAGAAAAAAAAAAAACUUUUUUUAGGCAAUACGAAGAAUGAUAAAGUUCUAAACACUUCGAUACAUAUUUUCUAAUUGACCUUGUAUGUGCACAUCUGGAACUAUUUGAUGCGAAAUGUACUUAAUAUAAUUCGACUGUAACUUAUUUUUUACCGAUCCGUUAAACGAGUACUAUUGAUUAAUAUAUACCGGGUAUUUUUACAUCUAACUCGCAUCACUUCACUUUUCAUCUCCUCUUUACUUCAUUAUGUAUCUUAACGGUAGAGUAUUGUCGUCGUAAUAUUUUAUUUAAGGCAACUACUAUAAAUGAUUGUGAUACAAAAUACAACGUGUAGCACAUAGCAAAGUACGUUAUUCAGCUAUGUAAUUAUUCAAGAACAUACGAUCAGUGUGAAGUAUACUUUACCUUUAGAAAAAUGUUUAAUAUUGUCUCGAUAGAAAAUUAAUAUUCUGCACUAAAGUGAAACAGAGAUUUCAAUUCAUCAAUUUUUGCCGUAGAAGACGAAAAGCUUUUGUCCUUGUAUCGUAGAUUUAAUUACAGUUUUUGCAGGUGUAUUAUUUAUUAGUGGUACCGUGUAAAAUGUUGAGAUAAAUCUAAUGUUUUAUCUUUUAAUAAUAAUAAUAAUAAUGGUCGGGUAAUUAAAGAAAAGAGAAAAGUAUGGUUCAAUGAUUGUACUGUUCCACAGUAUUGUCAGAAUUGUGUAUUACAUAGUCAUGACGAACUAAUUGUCGUACACGAUAUAGUACUUAACAGGUGUUUCCAUAAAGGUUUCAGUCCGUACAAGACAAAGUCUUUUAAUUUAUUGGAAAUACCGUUGGUAUUAAACAAAGAGAUCGAUUAAUGAAUUGCAAUCUUAAAUAGAAAUGUUUUGAAGUAAAUUAAUUAUUGAGUAAUUAUUAUUAUUAUUUAAUUUAUAAAUGAAAAUUAUUUCGUCAUUGAUCAUAACUUAAUGAACGUAAACUGUGAUGAUUAUAUACAUGUUUAUUUUACAUAAAAAACAUUUAUCACAAAUAUUAUAAUUGUUUAGAGACAAAGUGCCUGUGAGAUGUUCAGUCGCGGAAGUGAAAAGAAUGAUAUAUAAAAUAUAUAUUUUCAAUGAAAGAUGCAAUAAUCAACUAUCGAUGCACUUAAACCACGUAUAAUUGAUCUGAACUCAUAUUGUACUCAUGAUUAUCUAAUAAAAUGUCAUGUGCCUAUCA